GCGACCUCGCAUACACACCAGAGACUAUACGUAGUUAGUGUGCUAGGGAAGCAGAAAUGAGCGGGUCAGCCUCUUGCGUUCAGGCUCCGAGGGCGCUGCUGCUGGCGGCUCUGUUGGUCAUGAGCUCGUACUCGCACGUCGCUAAUGGCGUCAGAACCACACCAAAUACGUCAGGUUCAGCUGAUGCCGCCCGGCUUGACGUUGCUAAGGGGAUACCACUACCAGCCGCUGCAAGCAGGGCAAGCUACGGCUACACAUCAGGCAAGGCGACGGCGUUGCACGAGAGCGAACCGGAGGAGCUGAUGAUGACGAAGGAGCGCGCGGCGACGGGGUCGCGUCUGCCGGACUGCACGCACGCGUGCGGGCCGUGCUCCCCGUGCAGGCGCGUCAUGGUGAGCUUCAAGUGCGCCGAGGCCUCCGAGUCCUGCCCCAUCGCCUACCGCUGCAUGUGCCGCGGCAGGUUCUUCCACGUCCCCUCCAUCUAGAUCCUACAGUGCUGCUGCAUUCUGGAU